AGUCCAGGGUUGUAUGGGUAGUGUGAGGACAAGCAUUCCCUCCUUGAGCUCCCAUUUUAAGUUUUGUCCUCUUCUGAAUCAGAGGGCGCCACCUCCAAAACAAACAGCUGAUCUUCGUGCAAUAAACAUAAACACUUGAACCUUUCUCUUGCGUUGUAGCCAAUUAAAACAACCACCGCUCCCUCUUCAUGAUGUGUUCUUCCUUCAUUGGCUCAUACAACAAUAAUCAUUAAUGCUUUCACUACUCCUUUUUUGCCUGUCCUCUUCAAAAUUUAUUUUAUUUAGACCAUCAAAAACUUCCUGCUCUAUUUCUCAUCACUUAUGAUCACAUUUUCCAUCCCUUCAUCCUACCUAUAGCCCCCUCGCCCCUACUUCUCUGCCAUUUAUAAAUCUACACGCUAGGGUUAGGGUUACCCACCAACUAUAUAUUAAUUGUAUAUAGACACAGCUACCUAGGGCGCUAUAUUAUUAUAUUAUAUAUAUACACAUCUAUCUCUAUAUCAAUCCCGUUUUCUGCUUCCUUUUCGAUGAAAUCAUGAACUGAAAAGAUUCUUGUGUCGAUCCCCUACUUACUUUUCUGCUCUGUGGUGUGCGGAAUCAAGGGGCGGUUAGGGUUUUGCCAGGAUGAAAAAGAGGCAGGUGGUGGUGAAGAGAGAAUACGCCGCUUCUUCUGCGGUGGGGAAUAUUCGGUACGGGGAGUGCCAGAAGAAUCAUGCAGCCAACACUGGAGGUUACGCAGUGGAUGGUUGCAGGGAAUUCAUGGCUAGCGCCGGUGAGGGAACGACUGCGGCGCUUACAUGUGCGGCUUGUGGCUGCCACAGGAACUUUCACAAGAAGGAAGUACUGCACGGAGUCAACUGAACCAGACCAACCUGUGUCUCGCUCUGUGAUUCAUGAGUGAGUUCAAUAUCUUCUUUCUCGUUCUUCUCCUCCAUUCCUACCACCCACAAUCAGAAAUAAAAAAAAAAAUAGAGAAACACAAUAUAUAUAGAUAUAUAUAUUGAAGAGUUUGUGUAUCAAAUUACCUUUUCUUCUUGCUUCUUGCUUACAUUGGUGCUUGCAAUUAAGUCUUGAUUGCUGAUACAAUAGACAUUGAUUCCUGUGAAAGAAAAUAUUGAACUUAUGAACUUCUGUUAUUGGAAUAUUA